UCUAUUAUUCAUGCUUAGUGUUAGGGAAACUAGAGAGAGCGUUUAGCAUUACGAUUUAUCAAGAGGGCGAAAAAGACCCCCCCAGAAGUUACCAGUGGAGGGAUACCGAAUGACAGUCGUCCAGGUAUUGGUAAAGCACUUGAGCUUGAGGGAUUGUCUGAAGUGGGGUUGAAGCAUGGGCUGUGCUUCAAGCAUUCAUAUCUCCGAUAGGGUGGUCUAUCAAAGUGGAAAGGAAUCGGACGAUUCCCAGCAGACCAAUGCCACUCCUGCCCCAGGACUUCUGAUCAAACCCAGCACUAUCAAGGACCCCAGUCCCCGCAGGAGGUCCUUUUGCCUUAUGGUGGGCCGUCCCCGCAGGAGGUCCUUUUGCCUCAUGGUGGGCCGUCCCCGCAGGAGGUCCUUUUGCCUCAUGGUGGGCCGUCCCCGCAGGAGGUCCUUUUGCCUCAUGGUGGGCCGUCCCCGCAGGAGGUCCUUUUGCCUCAUGGUGGGCCGUCCCCGCAGGAGGUCCUUUUGCCUCAUGGUGGGCCGUCCCCGCAGGAGGUCCUUUUGCCUCAUGGUGGGCCGUCCCCGCAGGAGGUCCUUUUGCCUCAUGGUGGGCCGUCCCCGCAGGAGGUCCUUUUGCCUCAUGGUGGGCCGUCCCCGCAGGAGGUCCUUUUGCCUCAUGGUGGGCCGUCCCCGCAGGAGGUCCUUUUGCCUCAUGGUGGGCCGUCCCCGCAGGAGGUCCUUUUGCCUCAUGGUGGGCCGUCCCCGCAGGAGGUCCUUUUGCCUCAUGGUGGGCCGUCCCCGCAGGAGGUCCUUUUGCCUCAUGGUGGGCCGUCCCCGCAGGAGGUCCUUUUGCCUCAUGGUGGGCCGUCCCCGCAGGAGGUCCUUUUGCCUCAUGGUGGGCCGUCCCCGCAGGAGGUCCUUUUGCCUCAUGGUGGGCCGUCCCCGCAGGAGGUCCUUUUGCCUCAUGGUGGGCCGUCCCCGAGGAGGUCCUUUUGCCUCAUGGUGGGCCGUCCCCGCAGGAGGUCCUUUUGCCUCAUGGAGGUCCUUUUGCCUCAUGGUGGGCCGUCCCCGCAGGAGGUCCUUUUGCCUCAUGGUGGUGGGCUUUUGCCUCAUGGUCCCCAAAGGAGGUCCUUUUGCCUUUAUGGUGGGCCGUCCCGCAGGAGGUCCUUUUGCCUUUGGAGGUCCUUUUGCCUUUGGUGGGCCGUCCCCGCAGGAGGUCCUUUUGCCUUUGGUGGGCCGUCAUUUGUAA